CGUCUGUGUGUACCUGAUAGGCAGCAGGAUGUGUCCUACAUGGCUGUUGGUGACCGCGGUGCUUGUGGGUGUGGCCGGAGGAGCUGCCAGUCAGUGUUGGGAACAUGCGGCUUGUCAGGAACUGGAUUCAAAAAGCAUGAUGGAGUGUCUGCAGCUCUGUCACGACCUCGGUGACCUGUACCCCAACUCGGCGCCGCUCCGGCCUUCCCCCGCGCCUGACUCCGACUCCUCCCCACCCGCCAAGCGCUCUUACUCCAUGGAGCAUUUCCGCUGGGGGAAACCCGUCGGCCGAAAACGCCGUCCCAUUAAAGUCUACAUGUCCAACGGCGUGGAAGAAGAGUCGAGUGAGGUUUUCCCCGGGGAGAUAAGGCGCGAUUUAACCAAUGAGCUCCCGGUGGGCGCAGAGAAAGAGCUGAUGGAGGAGGACGGUGUCCGGAAGAAAGACGGCUCCUACAAGAUGAAGCACUUUCGCUGGAGCAGCCCGCCCGCCAGCAAACGCUACGGCGGCUUCAUGAAGAGCUGGGACGAGACCGAGCAGAGACCGCUGGUCACGCUGCUCAAGAACGUCAUCAACAAAGAUGGACAGAUGCACGAGUAGCGACAGGUUUUAACGCGAGCGCUCGGCCAAGAGUUGAGAGGCUGAGCGCCGAGUGUGUUUUGACUGUCAAUAUUGA